CUUGUCUGAGUCAGAGCGAAGCUUUAGCAGCACAAUUUCAGGUUAAAGCCGUGAUUUCCUUCACGGGGUUGGAGAAUAGAACAGGACAGAUCGCAGGGUUCAUCAGCUACCAACACAAGCAGCUCAUUCCAGCGAGUCAGAUCAUCAACUGCAAACACCCCCAAGUGGGGGAAACGGGCGAACAACGAGGAGGAUUAUUUCAAGGAGCACAGCCUACCCGGGUGCAGCAGCAACAAGACAUGCUGUAAGACAGCUAGUCACCAGGAGCACUGUGUCUCUCUGGCUGCUGUUGGAACACGCUGCCGUGCCGAGUCUUGUAAAGGCAUUUCUCUGGGCCGUCCCAGGAAACUCCUGAUAAAGGAGACAGCAGUAGCUGAAGCAGAGAGUCCCUGUGUUGAACCUCCUACCCACAGAGUCGGUCUUUGAGGGCGGUCACGGUGAUCAAGGCUCCAUUCCAGGAGAAGCAAGUCAGCAGCAGGGAAACCCAACUGAUAAGUGCCAUGGAGGACGAAGACAUUUAUGACUAUUACCAGAAUGGUUUUUACAACUGGACUUACAGCGACUACAGAAAUUACAGCAUCAACUAUGACGACUAUUAUUACAUAUGCGAGAAGGAUAAUGUUAGACAGUUCGCCAAGUACUUCCUGUCAGUGUUCUACACCGUCACUCUGAUCAUUGGGCUCGCUGGAAAUUCACUGGUGGUGGUCAUUUACAUCUAUUACAAAAAGCUCAGGUCGAAAACAGACUUGUACAUCCUGAAUCUGGCCAUUGCUGACUUGCUGCUUCUCAUCACCCUCCCCUUCUGGACAGUCUACGUAAUCCACGGCUGGAUAUUAGGGGUGGCCAUGUGUAAGAUCUGCUCCGCUCUCUUCGUCAUGAACUUCAGUGCUGGCAUGCUGUUCCUUGCCUGCAUCAGCGUUGACCGGUACUUGGCUAGCUCCAAGGUGGCGAGCCCUCAGACCGUCGGCAGCAAAGGGAAGGCGGUCUGCGUUUGCGUCUGGGCAGCAGCCAUCUUGCUGAGCGUCCCAGAUUUCGUUUUCACCUCGGUGCACGGGGCAGGGAGCAGGACGCUGUGCAUCUCCAUCUUCCCCUCGCACAUGGCCCGUUCGGCCAAGGCCACCAUCCAGAUCUUCGAGAUCCUCCUGGGCUUCGCCGUCCCGUCGCUGGUCAUGCUGUACUGCUACUCGAUGGUGGCCAAGGCCGUGUGCAGGGCACCGAGUGGGAAGAAGCGCGGAGCACUGCGGGUCCUCCUCGCUGUCGUGGGGGUCUUCCUCCUGACCCAGCUGCCCUACAACGCCGUCAGGCUCUGCCGCCUCCUCAAUCUGUUGCACAUGAUCAUCAGCGAAUGCCACAGCAGCAAGAAGAUGGACAUCGCCAUCCAGGUGACGGAGACCAUCGCUCUCUUCCACAGCUGCCUCAACCCCAUCGUGUAUGCCUUCAUGGGGGCAUCAUUUAAGGGGUACAUCCUGAGGGCUGUCAAAGAGUACAGUUACCACCGUAGGCACCGCGACAGGUCCAUUUCCCUCGAGUGCUCCUUCAACUCCCUGUCUCAGUCUGAAAACACCAGCAGCUUCACCAUCUAGUAAGGUGUCUGCGCCAAAAUACACACAACCAGAACUGGUACUACAGUUCCACGGUAAUCUCAGGUGACCCAAUGGAAACCCACAACUCCACCCUCCCAAUACUCUUCAUUUGCUUAUUUUCACCACAGCCUUAUGAAGGCCAUUGGCAACAUCUUACAAGCACAGGAAGGGGAUUUAAUCAUUCAACGAAAUCAUGGCUGAUCUAUGGGCUAACUCCAUUUAUCUACCUUUGGCCGAUAUCCCUGAAUGUCUUUGCUUGGCAAAAUUCAUCUGUUUCGGAUUUCAAUUUAACAACUGAUCCAGCAAUUUCCUUCUUGCCUUGUUUUCACAGAAUCCCCACAGUGUGGAAGCAGGCCAUUCAGCCCAUCACCGAUUCCUCUGAAGAACAUCCCACCCAGACCCACACACCUCCCCCCACUCUGUAACCCUGCAUUUCCCAUGGCUAAUCCACCUAGCCUGGACGCUACGGGCAAUUUAGCGUGGCCAAUCCACCCUAACCUGCACAUCUUUGGACUGUGGGAGAAAACUGGAGCACCUGGAGGAAAUCCACGCAGACACGGGGAGAAUGUGCAAACUCCACACGGACAGUCGCCUGGGGGGACGGGGAGGGGGGGAGAAUGGACCUGGAUUCCUGGCGCUGUGAGGCAGCAGUGCUAACCACUAAGCCACUGUGCCGCCCCCAAAACAUCUUCCUCAGCUUUCCCUCCGUGCAAACCCCCACGUUGUUUCCCACGUAUACCCCACCGGCCCCACCCCACACAUCAGAUUUUAUUUCCUCUUCUGUUUUUAGCCUCUAUUUCUCCUUUAGCUGUUGUCAGGCCAGGGUCGUCUCCCGUUGCCUUAAUCAUUCUCUCGCGCCCAUUUAUAAUACAAGCGUUGAUCAAAUUGAACCAAUUUAGAGGAGCAUUGUAACAAAACUCAGACAAAGGAACUUACAAAUUUAAAUCAAAACGUUGUUUUGGGGGUGUGGGGAAUAAUGCAGCCCAGACCCCAUGGUUUUGGCAUUCCCGACAGGCCUGAGGCAUAUUGCUGGGAUACUUCAUGGUCGCUCCACACCAGCUCCAAGGGACUGACAUAACCGCAAAAGUCUUUCUCUUUCCAUCUGUACCUGGCAAUCCUUCCGACUCCAGAACUUCUCCUCAUGAUCCGUGCACCUUCCUGUGCAUCCACCAUCCUCAGUCACACCCCCAUUUCAAGAGGUGUCAUUUGUUUUCGCCCUCCAACCUCUGAGUCCAACUUUCAUGUCCAAUGCUCCGCCUACUCCUUGCUUUUACAACUGUGCGCUGAAUCUACUUAAAGCUCAAGUAGCCAAUCUAAUAGGGAAUUCAGUCAUUUUCAAUCGUAGCUUUGGUUCUUAUCAGUAGGCCAUGCCUUUUCAACCCUUGCAGUAGCUGGAAAAUUGAGUGAGUACGUGGAGGUACUGUCAUUUCCAUGAUAGCGCAUAUUGGCCCAACCAGACGACAAUCGGGGUUGAACCAUCUCUGCAAGAAAGGUGCACGUCCGCUGAAAAUUGGACCACGGUUUCACUCCCAGUUGAGCCCCUAUUUCUACUUUUCCUUCUUCCCAUUCUCGGUUCCCUUUCCUGCCCUCUCCUGAGAGUAAUCGUUCCCAAUGCUCUUUAUUUGACCUCUUCAGUGUUCCUGCUAUUUUGCUCUCCAUCUAUUGAUACAUGAAUUCAUUCAUUUAAUGCCACAUUUCAUAAAGAAAUCACAUUCUGUUCAAGUCUGGAAGAGAUAACGAGUUUUAUAGUACUUUUCGUCCUCGUAUUUUUGAGCAGAAACAAUAUGACCCUGGCAAGUACACAGGUGACUCAUAAGAACAUAAGAAUUAGGAGUAGGAAUAGGCCAUCUGGCCUAUUAAGCCAGCGCCACCAUUUAAUAAGAUCAUGGCUGAUCUUUUCGUGGACUCAGCUCCACUCACCUGCCCUCUCACCGUAACUGUUAAUUCCUUCACUGUUCAAAAAUGUAUCUUUGCCUUCAACACAUUCAAUGAGGUAGCCUCAACUGCUUCACUGGGCAGUGAAUUCCACAGAUUCACAACCCUUUGGGUGAAGAAGUUCCUCCUCAACUCAGUCCUAAAUCUGCUCCCUCCUUACUUUGAGGCUGUACCCCCCUAGUUCAAACACCCUGCUUCCAUCUUAUCUAUUCCCUUCAUAAUUUUGUACGUUUCUGUAAGAUACCCCCUCAUUCUUCUAAAUUCCAAUGAGUAUAGUCCGAGUCUACUCGAUCUCUCCUCUUAAGCUGACCCUCUCAAUUGUGGAAUCAACUAAACAAAUUCAAUAAACAUAGAUCUUCUGGUGGUGUCAACAUGCUAUAAAUGAACAAGAUGAACUUUGCAAACAUCUGGAAAAUCUGUGUCUAAACAAAGGAAUGUGAGUCCAAACGCAGAAUAUUAUUUGUAAUAACUUUUCAAGGAACACACUGUCCACUUAAAAACAAGACAGAGUUGGACAACUUCCUUUGACUCUCAACAGCAUUACCAUCGCUGAAUUUACCAACUGUUAACAUCCUGGAGGUUAUCUCUGAUCAGAAACUGAACUGCACCAGCUGCUGAAAAACUGUGGCAACAAGAGCAGGUCAGAGGCUAGGAAUAACUCACUGCUUGUCUCCUCAAAGCCUGUCCAUCAUCUACCAGGCACAAGUCAGAAAUGCAAUGGAAAACCCUCGACCCGCAUGGAUGAGUGCACCCCCAUUAAAGAUGUUCACCACCAUCCAAGAUGAAAUAGCACCUCGUUCACAACUGUGAACAUCCACUCCCCUGCACCACUGACGCUCGGGAGUGGCAGUGUGCACCUCUGUUAAGAUUUGCUGCAGAAAUUCACCAAGGCUCCUCAGACAGCACCUUCCAAACCCAUGACUACUGCCAUCUAGAAGGACAAGGGCAGCAGAUACACAGGAAUGCCCACCACCUGCAAGUUCCCCUCCAAGCCACUCCCCAUCCUGACUUGGAAAUAUAUCGCUGUUCUUUCACUGUUGCUGGGUCAAAAUCCUGGAAUUCCCUCCUUAAGAGCGGUAUGGGUGUCCCUACAUUCCAAAAUCUACAGCGAUCACAAGGGGAGCUCACCAUCAACUUCUCAAAGACAAGUACAUCAGUUCAAUAAACAUGGACUUUGCCAGUGACAUCUACAUCCCGUAAAUAAACAAGAUUAACUUUACAAACACUAACCAAGACUACGUAUAGAUGCUUUGUAUACAAUUUUUACAAAUACAAUUUGUUUCUAUAAUGGCUCUCGGAUAUUUAUUCUUUAUGUUUGGAAUUCCUGUUUGUAAUCCGGUUUAUGUCUCUGGUCUAAUUAGAAAUUCACUCUGGCAAAAAUCAGUUUUAAUGUGAAUGAAAUUCCUUUGUAUUCAGUAGAAGGAUCAAACCAUGGUUCUGU